CUAGUCGACGAUCGCACUGACACACCCUAAUAUCAUCACCGGAGGUAAGCUGACUGAGAGAUCAACGAAGACAGCAACGGCCUGGAUUUUUUUCUCUUUACAAUCGCGCGACUCGGAGCAGCAGACGGUGGUACCGAUACACUUCACAUAAAUUGUAAGGUAACUUGUUAAUUGUGAACGCUAACACCGCAAGUCCUCUUUUAUCUCCACAACUACCGAUAUUUCAAACCGGUUUCCAUGGGGACUGCAUGCAGGAUUCCUUCGUUAUGUCUUCUGGUACCAGUGCUAUUGCUUUCUUUGCUCCUUCCAGCCACAUCGGAUGGAUUGGUGAAGAUCGCGCUGAAAAAGAGGCCGCUGGAUGAGAACAGCAGGCUUGCGGCUAGACUGGCCAAAGAGGAAGCGCUGUCGCGGGAAUCUCGAAAAUUUGGGCUCAAGGAGGUUCGGGACGGAUCGGAGGAGGACAUCAUAGCGCUGAAAAACUAUAUGAACGCGCAGUACUAUGGAGAGAUUGGCAUCGGCUCGCCCGCGCAGAAGUUCACAGUGAUAUUUGACACUGGUAGCUCGAACCUUUGGGUUCCAUCGGGAAAGUGUUACUUUUCUAUUGCUUGCUAUCUUCAUUCAAAAUACAGGUCAAGCAGAUCAAGUAGCUACAAGAAGAAUGGGAAAUCUGCCGCUAUUCAUUAUGGAACCGGAUCAGUUUCUGGUUUCUUUAGUGAAGACCAUGUCACAGUUGGUUCCAUUGUUGUGAAAGAGCAGGUUUUUAUUGAAGCAACUAGGGAACCAAGUGUUACUUUCUUGGUGGCAAAAUUUGAUGGCAUUCUUGGACUUGGAUUUAAAGAAAUAUCGGUUGGUAAUGUUGUUCCUUUAUGGUACAACAUGGUUGAUCAAGGUCUUGUCAAGGAUCCUGUUUUCUCUUUUUGGUUUAAUAGAAAUUCGGAGGAUAGCGAUGGGGGUGAAGUAGUGUUUGGAGGAUCUGACCCUAAUCAUUAUGAGGGUGAGCACACGUAUGUCCCUGUGACACGAAAGGGCUACUGGCAGUUUGAUAUGGGUGAUGUCCUUAUUGGUGAUCAAACAACUGGAUUCUGUUCUGGUGGUUGUGCAGCUAUAGCUGAUUCUGGAACUUCUUUGAUUGCUGGUCCUACAGUAAGUGAAAGUCUAUAGCUGCCAAUAACUUGUCUAUUAUUUUUCCUCGCUAUUCCUUAUAACGAAAUCUGUU